CGGUGAAACAUGGCGCUUCGCACUGGAACACGGUGAAGGAUUGAGACGUCGAAGUGAAGACUGCUGGUUUGUCCUUGUCCCCUUCGUUCACAGACACAGACACAGCUCUUUCCCUCCGUCGUCGGCUCUCAGUCACAGGCAGAGAGGGAGCGGGGCUGAGGGUUUUAGGAGGCGUCAUGGCGGCGCAGGGAGGCAUCCUGUUCCAGGAGAAGGUCAGCAGGCUGCUCAGCAGACGGGAGGGGAAACCGGUGCUGAAACCCAACAAGCCUCUGGCUCUGAAAGACACUGUAGCCAACCGCAAGCUGAAAAAAGGAGAGGCCACCUGUAUCACAGAGAUGUCCAUCCUGAUGGCCUGUUGGAAGCAGAACAACUUUGUGGACGGUCUGUGCUCCAGUGAGAUUAACUCCUUCUACACCUGCGUUGAGGCGGCUCGGGCUGCUAUGAAGAAUAAAUCUGAGCAGACCAGCAGCCAGGGAGGACGUCUGCACCCAAAACAGGCCACAACCCUGCUGAAGAGAUACCCCAACCUGCGCACUGAGAUCUAAGAAGAAGGCUUUGUUUUUUUUAAGGCCUGUGUUAUAUGGACGUUAUGUGCAGGUUAGAAACAGGCCUCUGGACUGAGUCUGGGAUCUGGGUUUCAUCACGUGAAGGUGUUAUUUGCUGUUUGCUUGAACGACGGGGUACCAUAUACAUAUUCAUUUAUUUGUUGACCAACUUUCAGAUUCCAGCCUUUGUAUUCACAGCACGCUGUGUUUUAUGGUUUGGAAACCGUACGGCGACUUCCUCCCCGUGUCCUGAUUUGGCUCCGAUGUAAAUGAUGCCAUCUUGACUCAACCCAAUUUAGCAGAGUGGUCUCAUUCAGAGCAGAGAUGUUAUUAGUGGAUGUGAUGGAAUUAUUCUUCUUGGGUUUCAUGGCUCCUGUCCGGGGAGCUCCGCUUUAACCCCCCACCCUCCCUCCAAACGCUUAAAUGCCUCAUCAUUCCUGUGGGGGCAGAGACAGGCGGUUAACAGACGCUGGAAUAAAAUCAGCCCGUGAGACGGACAGGGUUACAUAGAUUAUCAGUAAGCAGAGCUCUGUGUGAUUGAUAGGAAACUUCCUGAAUGGAUUUAAACGGUUUUAUGUCAUCAAAUCAUUCAUCAGAUGUUCCUUGGUUUUUCAUGUCACUGCUUCAACUUAAACUACAUUAAACCUUCCUGUCAAACAGUUUCUA